CAAUUCUGAACAAUGGCACCAAAGGCAGUAAAGAAGCCAGCGGAGAAGAAACCAGUUGAGGAGAAGAAGGCUGAGGAAGUUCCUGCUGAGAAGAAACCUAAGGCCGGAAAGAAGCUCCCAAAGGAUGCCGGCGCCGACAAGAAGAAGAAGAGGUCAAAGAAGAGCGUUGAAACCUACAAGAUCUACAUCUUCAAGGUUUUGAAGCAGGUGCAUCCCGAUAUCGGUAUUUCCAGCAAGUCUAUGGGUAUCAUGAACAGCUUCAUCAAUGACAUUUUUGAGAAGCUUGCUCAGGAAUCAUCUAGAUUGGCUAGGAUCAACAAGAAGCCAACUAUUACUUCUAGGGAAAUUCAGACUGCUGUCAGACUUGUGCUACCUGGUGAAUUGGCAAAGCAUGCUGUUUCUGAAGGAACUAAGGCUGUCACCAAGUUUACUAGAGGGAAAAAGCCAGCUGAGAAGAAACCAGUAGAGGAGAAGAAGGCUGAGGAAGUUCCGGCAGAGAAGAAGCCGAAAGCCGGAAAGAAGCUCCCGAAGGAUGCCGCCGUCGACAAGAAGAAGAAGAAGACAAAGAAGAGCGUUGAAACCUACAAGAUCUACAUCUUCAAGGUGCUCAAGCAGGUGCAUCCUGAUAUCGGUAUUUCCAGCAAGUCUAUGGGAAUAAUGAACAGUUUCAUUAAUGAUAUAUUUGAAAAGCUUGCUCAGGAAGCAUCUAGAUUGGCUAGGAUUAAUAAGAAGCCUACAAUUACAUCUAGGGAAAUUCAGACUGCUGUAAGACUUGUUUUGCCUGGUGAAUUGGCUAAGCAUGCUGUUUCUGAGGGAACUAAGGCUGUUACUAAGUUCACUAGCAACUAGGGUUUGAAUUUUUUUUUUUUUUUUUUGUAUUUUGGGUCAAUGUAAAGGAUGUUUGAUUUCGAUUUGUAAUUGGCCUUUAAAAGAUUACUGCUAAUGAAUUAAAGCUUUUUUCUACUGAAA